UCAUGCACAUUCCUCCGCAUUGCACAUAAUUCCACCGAAUUUUUUUUUCGGUCUUCUUCCUUUUUUGGCCUCCCUCCCUCGCUCACAACGCCCACCUGGAUCGCGUCUGCAGUCGUGCAAGCAACUGGCUGAGCCGCGCUGCUGUCCAGAAGCUGGUCGAGCCGACCCGCCACCGGGGAGAAAAGCUACCGGGCUGCACUGUGCUGUUUGGUGGUCCACACGAUGCGUCUGUUUCUGCUGGCGGUGCUCUUCUCGUGCUCCUGCGCGCGGGCCGGCUGCGAGCCGAAGAUCGUGAACAUCGGGGCCGUCCUGAGCCAGAAGAGAUACGAGCAGGUCUUUAAAGAUGCCGUGACCCAGGCCAACCAGGUCUACGGCAGGGACAAAUUCAAGCUGACCGCCAUCUCCGUAACGCAUAAACCUAACGCCAUCCAGAUGGCUCUCUCCGUCUGCGAGGACCUCAUCUCCAGUCAGGUCUAUGCUAUCCUGGUGAGUCACCCUCCCCAGUCCAAUGACCACCUCACUCCGACGCCUGUCUCCUACACUGCAGGCUUCUACCGCAUCCCCGUGGUGGGUCUCACCACCCGCAUGUCCAUCUACUCAGACAAGAGUAUCCACCUGUCCUUUCUGCGGACAGUCCCUCCCUACUCCCACCAGGCGCACGUGUGGUUCGACCUGAUGCGCGAGUUCAACUGGAACCACAUCAUCCUGAUAGUGAGCGACGACCACGAGGGGCGGGCUGCUCAAAAGAGGCUCGAGACCCUCUUGGAGGAGAGAGAAACAAAGAAUAAAAAAAGGAACUAUGAAAACCUCGACCAACUGUCCUAUGACAACAAGCGAGGACCUAAGGCAGAGAAAGUCCUCCAGUUCAGCCAGGAGACUAACUUAACUGCCCUGCUACUGGAGGCGAAAGAGCUGGAGGCCCGAGUCAUCAUCCUGUCCGCCAGUGAGGAAGACGCUGCUGCAGUGUACAAGGCUGCCCGCUUCCUCAACAUGACGGGCUCAGGCUACGUGUGGCUGGUGGGCGAGCGGGAGAUGUCGGGUAAAGCCCUGAGCGAGGCGCCAGACGGUCUGAUCGGCCUCCAGCUCAUCAACGGGAAGAAUGAGUCGGCCCAUAUCAAUGAUGCAGUGGCUGUGGUGGCUCAGUCCAUCCAGGAGCUCUUUGAGAAGGAGAAUAUCACAGAACCCCCAAGAGGAUGUGUAGGCAACACCAACAUCUGGAAAACAGGACCCCUCUUCAAACGGGUGUUGAUGUCAUCUAAAUACCCAGAGGGCCUCACUGGACGUGUGGAGUUCAAUGAUGACGGAGACAGGAAGUACGCCCACUACAGUAUUCUCAACUACCAGAAGAGUCGACUCAUUCAAGUCGGCAUAUACAAUGGAACACAGGUGGUAAUGAACAAUCAGCGGAAGAUCAUCUGGCCCGGAGGAGAGACUGAAAAACCGCAGGGCUUCCAGAUGUCCACUCGAUUAAAGAUAGUGACGAUACACCAGGAGCCAUUUGUGUAUGUCAAACCAACUAUGCCGGACGGAACGUGCAAGGAGGAAAUGACAUUAAAUGGAGUCUUAAUUAAAAAGGUUAUCUGCACUGGGCCCAAUGAGACCAUCCCAGGACGCCCAAUUGUACCGCAGUGUUGUUAUGGAUUCUGUAUUGAUCUCCUGAUCAAGUUGGCUAUGACCAUGAACUUUACCUAUGAGGUUCACCUGGUGGCUGAUGGGAAAUUUGGAACUCAGGAGCGGGUGAACAACAGUAACAAGAAAGAGUGGAAUGGCAUGAUGGGAGAGCUCCUGGGGGGCCUGGCUGACAUGAUUGUAGCCCCGCUGACUAUAAACAACGAACGAGCCCAGUACAUCGAGUUCUCCAAACCCUUUAAAUAUCAAGGUCUCACCAUCCUUGUCAAAAAGGAAAUCCCUCGCAGUACACUGGACUCGUUCAUGCAGCCGUUCCAAAGCACGCUGUGGCUGCUGGUGGGUCUUUCGGUGCAUGUGGUGGCGGUGAUGCUUUACCUACUAGACCGGUUCAGCCCGUUUGGAAGAUUUAAAGUAAACAGUGAAGAAGAAGAAGAAGAUGCCCUCACCUUAUCAUCUGCUAUGUGGUUCUCCUGGGGAGUGUUGCUGAACUCUGGAAUAGGAGAAGGUGCCCCGCGCAGCUUCUCAGCGAGAAUCCUGGGUAUGGUGUGGGCCGGCUUUGCCAUGAUCAUUGUGGCAUCUUAUACUGCCAACCUGGCUGCCUUCCUGGUGUUGGACCGGCCUGAGGAGCGCAUCACCGGCAUCAAUGACCCAAGGCUGAGAAACCCAUCGGACAAGUUCAUCUAUGCCACAGUGAAGCAGAGUUCUGUGGACAUCUACUUCCGGCGGCAGGUGGAGCUUAGCACCAUGUACCGCCACAUGGAGAAGCACAACUAUGAGAGUGCCGCCGAGGCUAUCCAGGCUGUGCGUGACAACAAGCUGCAUGCUUUCAUCUGGGACUCUGCGGUGCUGGAGUUUGAAGCCUCGCAGAAGUGCGACCUGGUGACCACGGGAGAGCUGUUUUUCCGUUCGGGCUUUGGCAUAGGCAUGCGCAAGGACAGCCCCUGGAAACAGAAUGUGUCCCUGGCCAUUCUCAGUUCUCAUGAGAACGGCUUCAUGGAAGACCUAGAUAAAACCUGGGUGAGAUACCAGGAGUGUGACUCGAGGAGCAAUGCCCCAGCCACACUCACCUUUGAAAACAUGGCAGGGGUCUUCAUGCUGGUGGCUGGAGGCAUAGCAGCAGGGAUCUUCCUCAUCUUCAUUGAAAUCGCCUAUAAGCGCCAUAAAGACGCCCGCAGGAAGCAGAUGCAGCUGGCCUUUGCGGCCGUCAAUGUCUGGAGGAAGAACCUGCAGCAGUACCCACCCACUGACAUCACGGGCCAACUCAACUUGUCUGACCCGUCUGUCAGCACUGUGGUGUAAAAGAGAGGGAGACGCCGAGGUUUGCUCCCCAAAGGAGAGAGGAAAAACGAGACGAGGAAGGAGAAGGGGAAGCGGAGGGGAGAGAGCCAUCUCCUCGACUUCCCUUCGCCGUUGAAGCCGAAGCUUUCAUUUCACCGCUUUCGGAGCUUUCGAAGAAACUGCUUGCUGAAGAAGUGGCUGAAAACACUGAAGUUGCACCUUUUUUGAAGUCAGGAUUACCUGGUGUUAGAUGUUUGUAGGGUCCCUGAGCAUGCACAGAAGAACCCAUCUGACUCACAUAUACAAUCUUUCCGUCUGUAUAUUAUUAGCUGACUUAUUUAACCUUGUUUUUGUCCUUUUACUCACAGAAAUUUACUUAAUGUUUGAUGUUAUUUCCAGUUUCCUGACCAGCUUAGUUUGGUUAAGUUUAAAUAAACCAGUUUUGGUGCAAGUACUGUACUUAACAUAUCACUUCCAAUUAGGGCCUAGAUACAAUAGUAAUAUUUAGAAUUUCUUAACAACAUAUACUGCAAUACAAUAUGUACUGUAAGCUUCAAUGGAUAUCAAGUAUUUUUAAUAGGAACUUCUUGUGUUUUUAUCUACACUUUAAAAGUUUUUAGAUGAUAUUUCUUUCAUCAGGAGGCACUAAUGAUAACAAAGAGGAUAUAACUAAUCUUGUCUACCAGAGAAGAUGAUGGAAGCAUGUGUGUGCUUGUAUAUGAAUAAGAGCUUUAUGUAUCUGAAUGAUAUAGUUAAUGAAAUAGAUAAUUGAUAUUUUGAAGGCUAUAUUCUGGACUAGUAGUUGUUAAAAUUGAAUCUUUUUCCCCUUUCAUUUUCUACAAAAAUGCCAAAUGCAUGUUUUGUUUUUUAUUUCUAAGAACUCAGUUUCUUAAAGAAAAUCAGUUAAACUUUGCUACUAUUUAUAGCGAGAGAUAAGUAGUGAAUACAUGAAGUUACAGAUUAAUUUGCAAUCUGAUGAAACCUUCAAGUAAGACUGGUGUUUUUAGGUCUCAGCCAUAAGCCAUGUUGCGUUUGGGGACGCCCUCUCUCUUCCUCUCUCCUGCUGCAGCAGUCUUUCUCAAUUUCCAGUCUCGACGGGGUUGCAUCAAAGGGCCAGGUUUUUCACCCAACCAACACUCGAUCUUUCGUGCAAAACACUCCUUGCUGCGCAGCACCGGAGAACUUUUACACGAAGGAACCCGAGUGAAUUGAAAGCGUGGCUCAGCUUGCGAGCUUGUGUGCAGGUCUUGGUUAGAUGCAAAAACAGGCCGUUUCCCAUUUUCUGGAGCUGAGAAACCACUGCUGCUUGUUGAAAGACUAUCACAUUCUUUCUGGUGUCUGGCUGGCACCGCAUAGCACUUUAAGCUGAGGGGUCUCCCAAAACUGUUGAAAAUAUACUGAUUUAUCAAGAGAAUAGGAACAGAACCUCUAUAACAUCAGUCAAACAUGUUAACUUCUCCACUUUAAGAUGUUUUAAUUUCACAAAUCUUACAAACAGUAGUAUCUACAAAGUCUUUAUAAGUGACAUAAUGACACUUUUACACAACCACACAAUGUGCUAAAACAGAGUUUGGUUUCUAAACUUGAACCAAUACUUUGCCUCUGAUCACAUUCUCAUUCUGGCCUAUGCAUGCUUACGUGUUAUUAUCAGUGCUUUCGUUUUUUUGUUUGUUUGUUUUUUUUUCUUGGAUGCGUGUUGUUUGCCGUGUACAGUUAGCUGAGCUGUGUGACGCACUUAAGUUGAAUGAAAUGUAAAUAGAAUCUGGUUCAGUGUAGAUGGGGGUUGAGGAGAUUGUACUGCGCUUGUAUUAUGACUGCAGCUGAGAAUGUCUUAUAUUAUAGUUAUACACACACACACACACACACACACAGACACACACACACACACAUACACACAUGCACACACACAGCAGUUGUG